AUGUCUGAACUUGGUGUAUUUGGUGUUGGCAAUGGGGUUAGUAAUGAAAACAAUCCUACAUUGAAUGGAGUUUCUAAUCUGAGAAAUCAAAAUCCAAGAAUGAAUGGUACAGUUCCAACUCAACAAGAAAAUGGUGGAAAUUCUAGGAAUCAAUACUCAAAUCAAGCUCGAGGAAUAGACUACAAUCAUUCUCUUUUCUUGUCACCACAGAUAAAUAAGCUAGGUUUGGUGGAUGGUACAUGUAGUAAAGAUAAAUUUCCAGAAGAAAUGUGGAACCGUUGGGAAAGGGUUAAUGCUAUAGUGCUUUCUUGGGUAAUGAACUCUGUAUCUAAGAAUCUUCUUGGAGGAAUUAUGUAUGCUUCCAUUGUACAAACUGUGUGGGAAGAAUUACUUGAGAGGUUUAACAAGAUUGAUGGUUCAAGAACCUUCAACCUGCAUAAAGAAAUUUCCACUUUAACACAAGGUGCAACAUCAGUGUUCGUGUACUUUACAAAAAUAAAGAAUCUAUGGGAAGAAUUUGAGUCACUAGUUCCUGCACCUGGUUGUGAAUGCCCUAGGUGCAAGUUCAACCAAUGCAUAGGUAAUUUUGAACUGGCUAUCCACCCAAGAAACAAUAGGAAUCAAGGAAAUAAUCACUAUGGUACCGGUAAUCAGAGUCAUAGUCCUUAUGGAAAUCAGAAGUUCAAGAAACCAAGUAACUAUAACUUGAUAGGUGAAUUCUGUAAAUGUAAAGGACAUAGCAAAGACUCUUGUUACAAAUUGAUUGGGUAUCCUCCUGAUUUCAAGUCCAAGAAGGGUGGAAUGGACAGGAAAACUGGUCCAAAUCCAGGCUAUGGUGUUGCAUAUAAUGUGCUAGCAGACAAUACCAUAUCUGAGAAUGGCACUCAGUCUCAGAAUCAAUUUGGCCACAAUGCUGCAGUGUUGACAUAUGGACAAACUAGUCAGGCUAUCAACUCUUAUAAGUUCAAAGAGGGUUCCAACAUGGUCCUCAAAAUGCCUUUAGCUAGUGCAGCAGGUGUGGUAGAAGAUGUGGCCUUGAUAGCUCCUAGCAGUAAUCCUGAAUGGAUAAUUGACACAAGAGCCACCAACCACAUGACUUCUAAUCCAGAUUUACUAACUGAAGAAACUAUUAAAAAGGCUGAAGUAACUAAGAAAGUACAUUUGCCAAAUGGUGAUGUGACUCAAGUUAGUCACACUGGAAAUAGUGUUAUAUCAAAGACAAGCACUAUAUCUAAUGUAUUCUUGAUUCCACAAUUCAAAUAUAACUUACUGAAUGUAAUAGUCAGAGAAGAAAUAUUCCCUUUCAAAACAAAAGACACAGCAGCAAAUUGUUCAAAUCAAGAAAGUGAACCAGUUGCAGACCAAAGUAUUCACAUGGAUCAUGAUCAAAUCUUUGCAGACCCUGAACCUGAUCAAUAG